GAGUCGCGUGCCCGGCACCCCGAACAGGGAGCGUCCGACCCCGCUCCCCACGCCGAGGCCGCCCCGGGACGCUUAGGUGCAGCUGCGUCGUCCGCGUCUCUUCCCUCGCUGGGGAGGGAACUUUCAAACUUAGCUAGCAAGCCAGACGGUGGGUGCGUCCGGCGGUAGGCGCGUCGGUCCGGGGCCGGCCGGAGCCCAGCGCGGCUUUUCGUCACUCGGAGCCCGGAUUGAACGGCGCGCGUGGGUUUCCCCGCGGCCCUGGCGCAGACGAGCGGGCUCCGUGGCGCUGCGUGUUUGAUGGUGACAGUGCCUACGUGGGGAUGAGUGACGGGAACCCAGAGCUGCUAUCGACCAGCCAGACCUACAACAGCCAGAGUGAGAGCAACGAAGACUAUGAGAUCCCCCCGAUAACACCUCCCAACCUCCCUGAGCCAUCCCUCCUGCACCUGGGGGACCACGAAGCUGGCUACCACUCGCUGUGCCACGGCCUCACACCCAACGGACUUCUCCCUGCCUACUCCUACCAGGCCAUGGACCUCCCAGCCAUCAUGGUGUCCAACAUGCUGGCCCAGGACAGCCACCUGCUAUCGGGCCAGCUGCCCACGAUCCAGGAGAUGGUCCACUCGGAGGUCGCCGCCUACGACUCGGGCCGGCCGGGGCCCCUGCUGGGCCGCCCAGCGAUGCUGGCCAGCCACAUGAGUGCCCUCAGCCAGUCCCAGCUCAUCUCUCAGAUGGGCAUCCGGAGCGGCAUUGCCCACAGCUCCCCAUCACCCCCGGGGAGCAAGUCAGCCACGCCCUCCCCCUCCAGUUCAACUCAGGAGGAGGAAUCAGAAGCACACUUCAAGAUGUCGGGAGAGAAGAGACCUUCAACUGACCCAGGAAAAAAGACCAAGAACCCAAAGAAGAAGAAGAAGAAGGACCCCAACGAGCCACAGAAGCCUGUGUCCGCCUAUGCGCUCUUCUUCAGAGACACUCAGGCUGCCAUCAAGGGACAGAACCCCAGUGCCACCUUCGGGGACGUGUCCAAAAUCGUGGCCUCCAUGUGGGACAGCUUGGGGGAGGAGCAGAAGCAGGCCUAUAAGAGAAAGACGGAAGCGGCAAAGAAGGAAUAUCUGAAGGCUCUGGCGGCCUACAGGGCUAGCCUCGUCUCCAAGGGCUCCCCGGAGCAGAGUGAGACCAAGGGCACUCAGGCCAACCCGCCGGCCAAAAUGCUGCCACCCAAGCAGCCCAUGUAUGCCGUGCCAGGCCUGGCCUCCUUCCUGACGCCGUCGGACCUGCAGGCCUUCCGCAGCGGGGCCUCUCCCGCCAGCCUGGCCCGGACGCUGGGCUCCAAGUCCCUGCUGCCAGGCCUGAGCGCGUCCCCGCCGCCGCCACCCUCCUUCCCGCUCAGCCCCCCACUGCACCAGCAGCUGCCACUGCCGCCCCACGCCCAGGGCGCCCUCCUCAGUCCGCCUGUUAGCAUGUCUCCAGCCCCCCAGGCUCCGGUCCUGCCCACUCCCAUGGCACUGCAGGUGCAGCUGGCUAUGAGCCCCUCACCUCCAGGGCCACAGGACUUCCCUCACAUCUCCGAGUUCCCCGGCAGUUCGGGACCCCGCUCACCUGGCCCGUCCAACCCCCCGAGCAGCGGAGGAGACUGGGACAGCAGUUACCCCAGUGCGGAGUGUGGUGUCAGCACGUGCAGCCUGCUCCCCAGGGAUAAAUCGCUCUACCUCACCUAAUCCCGCCUCCCCUCUCCUCCCUGAGGCUUGCUGGAGGGGCACUGCUCAGAGCCUGAAGGGCCCACAGCAGAAGGGAAGCCUGGGCAGGAAGCAGGAUGACCGGGAAGAGAGCAGUGACACAGCGACGACGCCCCAGGGCCGAGUCUCUUCCUCGACCUCCCACCAGACCCUGCAGAGGCGCCGCCCGCCGCCCGCCCACAGCACCUGCGAGAACCUUCUGCCCCCCACCUGCCUGCUCCAGGGCUACUGUGGACCCCGCUCCUCGCCCUGCACACCGUACUCUGUGUCUGGACGUCCGGCCCCAGCCCGAGCUCCGGGGGCUGCCCCCGGAGGGGCCGCCUUCCGACCGAAUCCCACCCCCAGAUGCAUGGGCCCGGGCCGCCCGGCCGAGGACGUGCAAAUGCGGUUUUACAGUGUGAACAAAGAUCACCAAACCUCUCAACCGUUGGCUCCGUGUAAGUAGUUGACUAAGUGUGUUAGAACGUGCUGCAGACAUCGACGGGAUGAUUCUGUGGGGGAGGGGAGUAGUUUCCUUUAAGGUGAAAAGCAUUUUAUAUGACCCCUUAGCAACUUUUUUUUUUUUAAGUUUUCUCUGGAGGGAGACGUGCACAAAAGCAGCUGCCUAUCCGUCUCCUCCCCCGUCACAGCGAGAGCUGGGCCACUCAGAGCCACACUUGGAGACGUUGCGCUUUUUUUUUUUAACCCUGUUUCCGUCUAUUUAAAAUUGCCAACAACAACUUUUGUCUAUUUAUGAAGCAAAGUUGAGAACAGAAAUGCAGUUUAUCAUAACGUGUGUGUGAUUUUCAGGUUUGGUUUGGGUUUUGGUUCUUAAAGUUGUUUGCAGGUGUUUCCUGGCCCUGGCAAGUGUCCGUCCCGGUGCCCAGUGCUUCUCUCAGUUUCUUUAUAAUAAAACUUCAGAAAAGUUGAAAAUC